AUGCCGCUCAUGCUGAAGCGUCAAUACGAUGCGCUGGUGGCCGCGAGCGGCGGCGACGUCGCGAAGAAACCCUCGCGCGAGCCCGAACCCGCGCGCGUCUUCUCGAACGAGACGCGAGCCGAAAACGCAGACGACCCAGAUGCCGACGAUGCAAGUACGCACGUCGUAUCGGCGCGGCUGGUGGGCAGCAAGAGGCACAAGGAGGGCAGGGCGCGGCUCAAACACGGCACCGCCCUCCGCCUUCGGCGCGACCGGGCCAACGCGCACGACCCAAACGCCAUCGCCGUCGACGUGACCGUCGGCAUGCUCCCCAUCCACGCCGGCUUCGUCAAGGGCGCCCAGGCUGCGGUCCUCGCGCCCGCGCUGGACUCCGGGGCGCUCGCCGUCGUGGCGUGCGUCGUGGACGCGCCGAACGGCGUCGACGCGCUCCCCACCGCGGAGGUGCCCGUGCGACUCACCCUCCGCCGACGGCAAUCGGGCGGUGACGCGUCGUCAUCGGGCGGUGACGCAUCGUCAUCCGCGUCAACCGCCCUCGAGCUGUUGACGUGCCCUUACGACGUCCCAGCCUCGGUCGGGCACGUGCCGCCGGCAGCCCUCGAGGGCGCGUUCGCGGCACCGGCGCCGGGCAGCGCGUGGCUCACGCACCACGACGACACCCCGCCCUCCGUCUUUGCCGCGUUGAACCCCGUGACAAAGGCGCCCGCGGAGAAGCAAUGGGUCUACGUGCAUAACGAAAAAAAAAGUGGCACAGCCGGCGACCACUCGUACGUCGGCAAGUGGAUGAUCAUGGGGGUGCCGUCCGACGACAUCGACGCGUGGUUCGUCGAGUGCGCCAAGGCUGUGGAGGCUGGCGAGUUCGUCGCCGCCAAGGCACCCGCGGGCGGGGGCGACGAGGGCGAUAAGGGCGACAAGGGCGUCUUGAUUUGUUACACCCGAGACUUCAGGGACAGGGGGGACGUCGAGAGAGCCGGGGUGGCGUUGAAGCGCAGGUUCGGGUGUGGGAUGACGCUCCGGUACAAGACGGACUCCGCGACGUACGCCGGGAUGUACGCGUCGCAUGCGGACGGGGGCAGGCCGGGCAAGGGCAAGGGUGGGAAAACGUGCUGUUACGAGAUGAGAAGCGGGAGCCUGAGGAUGGACGUCGAUGAGGCGACGUACUCGAGGUGUUUGGCACUGGCGGAGAAGCACGAGGACCUACCGGCAGAGGAGGUGAUCACGAUCGACGACUGA